AAAAAAAAAACUAAGGCGAUUGUUUUAGGAGGGUGACAAUAAAGGAAGUAGUUUGCACAUACUUGUGCAACUUCAUCUUUUUGCAGGCGAAAAACAAGUUUAGUUAAAAUGUGAAUGUGUGUGAUUGAGCUUUAAAAACUCUAAAUUCAUUCAACAAACCCAUCAAAUUGAGAGCUUUGUACCUCUGCUAGGUACAUAGGACCUAACAGAGGUACAACUAGACAGGACGUAUAAAUAUAUUGAGCAACUGCUGCUGUCAAAGCUGCUGCAGUUUUUAAAACUCUGCGUAAUGGGAAGGAAACACGUAGGCAGCUAUAAAGAAGAAGUAUUCUUGAAAUUUCACUUUUUUCACAAGAUAGAAGAUUUCCUGGUUAUAGUUGUUCAGCAGGUUGAGAUGCGAGGAUGGGAAACACUUGGCUUUACGUGCUAUUCUGUAAGUAAAUUUAUUAACAAUAAAAAUACAUGAUUAAACUAACGUUUUCUUUAAAUGGCUGCUUGUCUCUAAAUAAAGAUAGAAUACAAGUAUCAGCUACAUUGUUGUAUGAAAUUAUUUCAGAAAUGUUUUUAAAUGCCAGUUUUUCUCUUGUUAUUGCAAUUGUCUGUCUUCCUGAUUGAUCUGUUUUUCUGUCUUUAUCCUAAAUGUGUUCUGGUUUAUUUAGUGUUCAGUUCAGUCAUCAGUGGAUACGCCAAAGGACACAGAGAAGCAAAUGGCAUCAAAAGACAUUCUGGUUACCAAGGUCCAUAUAAUCUAAGACAACCAGGAUCCCCUGAAGGAACUGGAAAAUCAGUUCCCAAUCGAGCCAAUGUGACCCUGACACCAAACUGGCCUCUGAUAUACAAAGGUGAGAGAGUUACUCUCCACUGUGAGAUCCCAGGAGGAGAAGGAACAAAGUGGACGUAUGAAUGGAGAAGAACCAGGUUAAAUGAAACUCAAACAUCCCAGGACCGUAGGUUGACCAUACAUUCAGCUAAUGAGUCUGAUAGUGGAGGAUACAGCUGCAGAGGAACAAGUAGAGACGGCUCAACAGACUGGAGCGAUGUUGUCGUGUUAACUGUGUAUCAACUCUCUGUGUCUCCAUCAUGGCUGAGUCCUGGAGCCUCAGUGACUCUGAUCUGUGAGGUUGAACAUCCACCUGCAGGAACCAGGUUCUUCUGGUACAAAGCUGUUUAUGAUCCAUCAAUCAGAUCCUACAGCUAUGAGCUGCUGCCUGGCAGCUCUGAUGGGACUGAUGAGAAUUUCUACAUUGUUCAUGGACUCACUAGCACAGCAGGUUAUGCGUGUGAAGCAGGAAAUGGAAAACCAAAAUACAGAGAUCCAAGUUUUGUCUGGUCAGCAGAUCCUUGUCCAGCAGCUUCUCUCUCAGUGAAUCCUGACAGAGUUCAACACUUCAUCUCUGACUUUGUGUCUCUGAGCUGUGAGGGAAACUCUACUGAGUGGAGACUGAUGAGGUUUACAGAAAAAGGCCACCUGUCAGACUGCUCCAUCUGGGGGAAAAUGACUGGAUCUAUAUGUACCAUCAAGAUAUACUUUUCUGUUAGUGGAGUGUUCUGGUGUGAGUCUGGAUCAGGAGAGUUCAGCAAUGCAGUGAACGUCACUGUACAUGACAGUUUUUUUUUUAAUACAAUCCUGGUGAGCCCUGUUCAUCCUGUGACUGAGGGAGAUCCUGUUACUCUGAACUGCAAACACAAAACACAACAAUUUCCCUCCAAAGUGUUUUUCUAUCACAAUGAUAAACUCAUCCAUAAUGACGGCAGAGAGGAGCUGAAUAUCUCUGCAGUGUCAAAGUCAGAUGAAGGUUUCUACAAAUGUAAACAUUCGGGAAAAGAGUCACCAAGGAGCUGGAUGUCUGUUAGAGCGACUGUAUCCAGUCCUGUCAUGUUGAUCGUUGGACCAGUUGUUGGAAUCGUUCUCAUUAUUCUCAUUAUUCUCCUGAUCUUGUUGUGGCGCCGCAGACGGUCCAAAGGUUUAUGGUGUAUCAGAUCGAAGCAGUCAGAGGGCAGAGGUCAAACCUCACACCCCGACCAUGGAGUCAACAACACUGACGGUCAUGAGAACAGCUCUCCUCCUCAUGAUAACACCAACCUCUACGUGCCAGUCAAGUCCUCUGAAACGACAGGAAAUGCUGCAGAUGAAGCCAGAGAUGUCACGUACUCUCACAUUGAACUGAAAGACAUUGACAGGACGAGGAGGCCUCGUGAAGCAGAUGAGAGCACCGUUUACUCUGAAGUGAAGUUGCAGGAGUAGGAAUAGAAUAAACCGAAAGACCAGAGGAGUCCUGCAGCAGCAGAGUCAGUAGUUUAUUCAGAAAUCAGCUCAGGAUAACAACACUGCCACGUAAGAUGCAUGAUGUGACGGCUCUUCUAAAAGUUAUUACGAGUUAAAACUCAUCACAUCCUUCAAAAUCCCACUUUUUCCAUGUUAAUGUUAGGAAUCCAUUAAGGAAGCUAUUUUAUGAAAUUACUGCAAGAGCUGAAAUGCAUUUUCUUAAAUUCUUUGAUUUUGAUUUAUAUUUGCUGGUGUAAAAUUUGAAGCACAUGAAUUUCUCUUUAAGCUGAUAGUUUUUCUUUAUGCUUUGAAGGUUUGGAUGUAAAUGCGUUCUGUCGCAAAAUGCAGCAAAGAAAGAAAAUGUAAAACAUACAUUUUUUGUAGAGUUUUUGUUUUACAAUGUUUUUUAAAUGUAUUAGUUG